AUGAAGUUCACCACAUCCUCCUCCUCAUUCCUCUCUCUCCUCCCCACCCUCCUCCUCCUCCUCGACCCCUCCAGCGCCCUCGUCCUCUCCAAACGCGCCAACACCCCCCUCCUCUCCAGCAUCGGCUCCGCCAACACCAGGCCCCAAGACUCCUCCAGGUCUGCCCCCAAAUACACCAUCGAGGUCCCCCGAGUCUCGCAGGCAUGGUGCGGCCACACUCCCCCCGCCGACAACUUCACCCCCCGCCCCAUGGCACUGCCCACCGACGCCGUCAAGCACCCGGGCUCCCUCCACUUCACCGACGCCAUGAUUCGCAACACCCUCGAAAAGGCCGCAGCGGUGGCGGUUAAUGGCCAGGCCUUACAGUUCGGUUUCAACAAGUACCCGCGCACGUUCAAGAACGAGAACCGCGCGGACUGGUUGCCGCGCGGGCCGAUGAUCGCCGGUGCGCCGGGCGAGCUGUACGAGUUUCCGAUCAUGCCGAGUGGGGAUCCGCCGGCGGUGACCGCGGGGGUGCAGGCGCCGGCGGGGAAGCAGGGCCCGUUUAGGGUGAUUUACUCUGUUUCGGGCGAGAACCCGAAGGUGUUUAAGUUCUACGGCGUGACCGAGCACCCUCCGCACUCGCCCAGAGACACCAUCCUCUGCCCAAGCAACAAGCAGCCUGUCCCCUCCAAAGGAAACCCAAGCCAGAAGCCCAUGCCCAACAAGCAGCAGAACGACGCCGCAAAGAAAAGCGCCCAACGGAUCGCCGCCCAGAAGGCAGAAGCAUCCAAUUGGAGCGUCAAGCGACAGGUGAAGCGCAGGCCCGGGCAGGCAUUGGACUAG